AUGAGUGACGAUGCCGACGAGAUCACCAACGUUGUUUCCAAGCUUCUCGGCGAGGGCAAGGAGGUCGUCCUUAUGACCCAUUCUUAUGGAGGCAUCCCUGGAACCCAGAGUCUCAGCAAACUCUCGCGAAAGGCUCGCGAGGCUGAGGGAAAGCAAGGAGGAGUCGACAAGAUUAUCUACCUUGCAUCGGUCGUGUUGCAACCGGGUGUCUCCAACUUGGAUGCAUUCGGAUCGGCCCUGCCUGACUUUCUCGAUCUCAAGGAUGACUACAUGACUCUUGAUCCCAACGGCCACGCGACUAAUACCUUUUCUGACUUGCCUUUUGAUGAGGCUUUAGAACUGGUAAAGCAGAUGCCGGAGCACUCAACACCAAGCUUCCGGGAACCACUGACAUAUCCUGGGUAUAAUGAUGUCAAAGUGCAUUAUAUCGUGUGCGAGCAGGACCAGAUCAUUCCUCCCCAAUUCCAGCGGGCAAUGAUUGAAGGUGUCAAGGCCUCAAGCGGAAAGGACGUUGCAGUGCACAGUUUCGAUAGCGGACAUGUCCCCACCAUUAGCCAGCCUGACAAUGUUUCGAAGGUUGUCAAGGAGAUAAUUGGAGUUUGA